AUGGCCCGACGCGGACGUCCACCGCGGUAUGCCAACAGGGAUGAGAGGAAUGCGGAGCGUAGAAGGCGGCGCAGGGAGCAGGGGGCGAGUCAGAUCCCUCCUCCCCCUGAGGCCCAGCUUCACCAUCGCUUUCUCACAUGGAUAACAACAGAGGAGGGAGAUAUCCAUCCGGACGUGGUGGAGUCCCGUGAUAUAUUCCAGGAUCUUGAGCAGCUGGUCUUGGAUGGAGGGGAGUUCGCCGAGGGGGCCGGUGACGCUGAGGGCGAGGAUGACAUGGACAUAGAUGGAGACAUGGGCGAUGUCCCAGACUCAGAUGUGGAGAUGGGGGAUGUGGAGCGGGUCUCCAGGCGGAGCGCUGAGGGUACCCCACAUGAAGAUCCAUCCGCUGCCGGAUCUCCAAGCCUCUCUGGGCCUGCCGGCCGCUUCCCCAAUACAGCGGAGGCAGAAGGCCAACCGGUGUCCACACAGCCCACGGCGGAGACCGCGACCCACUGGUCCCACGGGCCCAGGGUCGCAUCGCCGGCCGUGCCGCUUCCCCCGGAGGACAGCGCGCGGCAGGAGGUCCUCGCUGAGCAUCUGGUGAAGCAGCUGAUCCGUCAUCGGGGCUGCGGCCACAGCCAGGAGGAGCCGGGUCCAAUCCCGGAGGACCAGGCUGGGCCGCGGAGCCCCCCAGCAGUGCCGACCGUGCGGCUGUCUGAGGUCGUGCAGGAGGAGUACCCCGAUGUCCUCUCCCGGGACGGCAUCGCGGCGUACAGGCCGGCAUGGGAUGAGUACUUCCCGGUGGACCGGCGGCGGCGCCUGUUCAGCGGCGUCGAGACCAUCCAUGCCGAGGAUGGCGGGCCCGGUGAGCUGCAGGGGAUCCAGCCGGAGAGGACCCCGCCUCCACAGCUGGAUCUGGAGCAGGACUCCGACACGGCCGGCCGCACCUUCCAGGUUCACUUUGAUAUUGACAGCGCGGGUGGGUUCGCGUCAAGUCUCGCGGUGGCCCGCCAGGGGCUGUACUGGGUUGGAGUGCGGCCACCGGUCAGUAACCUCACCGGCUCCCUGCACCUGGACGGUGUGCCCGUGCAGUUCCAGGACGGGGACAGUGGGCGAUGGCGGCGGGACCGGCGGCCGGUGCACCGCAUCCCCCACCUCCCCCUCGGCCGUGUGUGCGGAUUCGAGGCGGUGGAGAUCUACAUCCUCUUCCCGCGGCUGUACCACCCCACGCGCAAGAGCUUUGUGAUUACCAAGGACGAGUACACGCUCUGGAUGGAUGAGGUGUUCCUCCCGGCCCUGCACGCGACCUACUCAGAGUCGAUCCUGCAGAAUCUGCCCGUCAGCGCGGCGGAUGCCCAGGCCAGGGCCACGGCAGCGUCGGCGGAGCAGCCCAUGGAGCAUGACAAGCGGCCCCGCGUGCAGCUCCUGCAGUAUGGGCUGCGGCCGGAGCUCCUUGACUCCCUCUGGCAGGGGGUCUGCGCCCGCAUCGAGGGGCAGGGCCUUGCACAGUUCCGGGGCAUGAAGCUUCUCCUGACAUGUAAGAAUCUGAAGAGCCGCACCCAGGGCCCCAGCUGGGCGGCGGCGCAGGCAAGAUUCUUCGCGAUCUGGUCGGAGGCGGUGGACGUGGACUUUCUGACCGACGACUUUUACGACAUCGGGCGGGAGGCCAUCCUUCCCCAGAGCCGCCCGGCCGGGGAGGCGGGCCCACCAGCGACCUUUCUCUCGUGGCGCCGGUGCUGCCUGGAGGGGUUUAGCCACUGGCUGGAGGAGGUCGCCGCCACGGUGGAGGGCGGCGCCCUGUCCACCGCGCCGGAUCCCAUCGGGGUCACCACGGGGCCCUCCCAGCGCGCGGUGCGACCCACGACACGGCAACAGGCCCGGCCCCAGGGCCCCCCGGUGUCGGACCACGAGAGCGACGGCGACGUGGAGUAUACACCGGCGGAGGCGGACCGGGAGGGGACAGGGGCAGUGGGUGAGGGGCCCCGGCCGGCCAAGGUCAGGCGCCGGUGGAGGCAGGAGAUGUACCCCUUCUCCCUGACCCGGGCCAUGGCGACGCUGACCAUCGAGCCCACCCGGCGAUCGGGCCUGCGGAAGCUGGGCUAUCUAUACAGCCAGCACUAUAACUCCGGGAAGGCACUCUUCGCGGCCGGCAACCACUACGUCUUCAGCAACCCGGCCCUGGACACGCUCGCGCUGGACGAGGGCCUGAUCCGGGCAUGGCAGCACGUCGGCCGGGCGGUAAGCCACUCCCCGAUGGCGCUGCUCCGUGCGUAUCGGUACACCAAGCACCGGUGCCAUAUGGCCCUUGCGGACUCCGGCCAUCGGGCGUAUGGUGUCCGCGAGGAGUACCGCGUGAGCGGGGGGCUUCUCCGGGCGGUGGACCGGCGCAUGUGGGCGCAAGGGCUGGCUGGCCAGGAGCUCCACGUGCCGCAGGCGUCGGCGGACCCGUCGACGGACCCCGCCCCGCCCCAUCUGCCCUUCUUCUGCCACCGGACCGAUCUCAUGCUCCGCUGGCUGCGGUGGAACAUCAACAAGUUCUGCCUGGGGUUCGAGAUGGUCUACGGCCUGCGGCCGCGGACAAUGGUCCAGUGGGAGCACACACGCGUGAUGAUGAUGUUCCUCCGCUGCCUGCUAUUUGCCUUCGGGGGGCAGGGCGCCCACCCGCGCCGCUGUAAUGGGCUCUGGCUGGAUCGACGCGUCCGCCCCGCGGCUGACGGCUCAGAGCGAGAGCGGAUCGAUGAGGGCUUGGGUAUGGAGCAGGCGCUGGAGCAGUACGGCUACGCGUGGCUGCCGGACCACAAGAUCGACUGGGCCUCGAUGACCUUCCGGCCACCGCACCGGGCCCACAUGUCCUUGAACACCCCGACCCUCCUCGCGGCCUACCACAGCCACUACCGGGCGGUUCUCAGCACCCACAGUGACUUCCUACUCUUCCACGAUGUGUUCGCGCGGAUGUACAGCCUGCGGGAGGACCGUCCGCGGUCGGCGCUGCUGCUGCAGCUGCUGGUGGACCUCUGCCUGCGUGCCUUCCGUAAGGAUGUAUUUGCAGUCUUAGCGGAGCGGAGUGGAACAACCCAGCCGGUCCACCGUAGGCAGAUGGAGGCGGCCUUGGCGGGUGAGGUUCCGCUGACAGUGCUGGGCCUCCGGCGGGUCUUCCAGCGGCGACCCCUGGGCGACGAUUUCCGAUUUGUGGAGAGUAGGAGUGCAAAAGUCCACCAUAUUGAGGUGCUCUUCGCGUGGCUGUGGGGCUGGCAGGGUGAUGGUAACAACGGUGACUGUAAUCGUACCCACUGGGAGAAGAAGCCCUACCGGACAUACAUGCGCCAGUGCUUCGACACUAUUGCCCAGGUCUAUGGGCUCCGUCAGGCGCGUGAGUGGCGGACAACCCUGCAGCGGACCUUUAUCCGGACCCACUGGGUCCUCCCGUACCCAAGCGACCGCUCAUUCUGGUCACGGGCGACAGGGACCCCCGGCGGGAACCGGUUCCAGACGUGGCUGAGUGUGCAUCCCGGUCUGGUGGAGUACUACCGGGCCACGGAGCCCACUGACCCCGCAGUAAGACAAUCAGUAGUGAUCACCCCGCAGGAUGUCCCCUAUCUCCCAGUGUCCGGCUGGCAGCGCGCGCAGAGCCCGAUGCCACUGGAUAUUGCCCUGCCGCCGAUCCCCACCGACCUGGAUGCCUACCUGGCCGCGGUCGCAGACCCCGCCGGGCCCGACACCGAUCUGGACAUCCCCCUGCCGGCCAUUGGUGUUCUGGACGGGCCGAUCCAGCAAUAUAUACUGGACCACACCCCGGAGAAGAGGAUCCUGCGGAGCUACCAGCGGGAGGAGACAACUGCGGUCAGUAGUAUCCAUAGUGACUCCAAGUGGCUGAUCGCGCACCUGGAGAAUCAGGUUCGAGUGCUGCGGGAUGCCUAUCUACAGCGGCAGAGAGAUCUAAGCAUUCCGUUUUGGAGGCGUGUAGAUAGUGAGUCUCCACAGUAUCUCUUUACAGCACCGGCUAAGGUCCUAGAGGAGGAUUCAGACUCUGAGAAUAUUAGGAACAAGCGUACCCGGGCAGAGAAGAAACAUUGUCGGUAUGAGAAGGACCUGCGAGACACCCACCGCCUGGUCCAGGAGUUUAUGGAUCUGAGACAGGAGAUGAAGAUCAUAAAAAAAACUAUCCCUGGUGCAGUUAGUCCAGCAGAGAGUAAGCAGGAGUUGGUUAAGAAGCAUAAAGUAGUGCAUGAGAGGGCAAACCAGAUCCGGAAGAAACUGGUGGUGAUUUCAAAGAGGGUUAUAGAGGAACCAGUAGAAUUAUAA